AUGUCGACCAGGCUUUGGAAAGGUGCUAAGAACCAGCCUGAUAUUUGUCAACUUAUAUUUAAAGUUUUAAACAAAUACUCAUGGAAUUGGUUGCGAGUUGUCAAUUACAACUUGCGGCUAGGAAUCAGCACAAGUGUUGCUUUGUUCCAUGGAAAUGAAGGAUAUUUGUCUGGGAUUGUCAUGCCCAGCAUCUAUGUUGUAUGGGAUAUAGAAACUGUUACAUGGAGGAAGCUGCUCUAUUGA